AACAUUUUUCUGGCAGAUGUCUUGUGUCGUUUGUGUUUUGCGGCGUUAUUUUUGUGGAAUGAUGUCUCUUUAAUAUUUCAUAUAAAAGGGAUAGUUUAUGAGUGUCUAAAAGUUGUUGUAUCGCUAUAAAAUAUUGCCUAGGUAUCCGGAAAGAGUGAUAUAUCUAAUAACACGCUUUUUGUAAUUGUAAACAGUUUCACACAAAAGAGAGAACAAAAAUAUGAAGAAAACAAUAACCUUCGGGAAAAUCUCAGCCAAUUUAAUUAAAGAUGCUCCAGCACAUCCUGCGCCAGAAUCUGAGCCUUCGAGCUCGGGGUUUGGAGUUUUUGGGAAAAAAGCUCCAGAGCAAAACUCUGUUGCAAUGAAGGAAAUUAUGGCAGAGGAUGAAGAAGAGACUGCAAAGAUGGAGAAACUAAUGGGAAUGACUUCCUUUGGAAGAAAAGCUAAAACGUUUGAUGUCCACGAAAUGUUGGAGCACAUUACGAAGUCUGUUAGAAACAAGAAACCUGAUAAGGAUGCCCAAAAGAAUAAGAAAACUGAAGGGGAAACGAAGAAAGAAUCUGAUAAAGAGGACGAAGAUGAUGAUUUUAUCGGACCACCGCUUCCUUCUUCUGCCUCAGAAGAUAAUCAGACAAAAGUCACGAUUUCGCAAAAGGAAUCAAAACCGAAAUCAAAGUAUAAUGACAGUGAUAGCGGUGACGAUGAUGAUGACGAUAGUGAAAAUGAUUCUGACGAAGAUGAUGGAGAUCUGAGAAACAAAAUACCCUGCAGUCAUGAAGUGACAAUGACUCACGGAGCCAAAGCCGUUACAGCGAUAGCUGCUGAUCCUUCAGGUGCUCGACUUGCAUCCGGUGCAGUUGAUUAUGACGUAUCUUUCUGGGACUUUGGAGGCAUGGAUUCCUCCCUGCGAAGUUUUCGAACAGUACAACCUUGUGAAAAUCAUCCCAUAAGAUCUCUGCAAUACUCGAUGACUGGCGAUGUAAUUCUGGUCGUAUCUGGGGCAGCACAAGCAAAAGUACUGGACAGGGAUGGAUCGGAGAAAUGCGAAACAGUAAAGGGCGAUCAGUAUAUUACUGACAUGGGCAGAACGAAAGGACAUGUUGCCGCACUAAAUUCUGGUUGUUGGCAUCCUUUCAUCAAAGAAGAGUACUUGACUUGCUCAGACGACAGCACUUGCAGACUUUGGCUCCUUAACAGGCCUCGAAAUCAAAAGGCUGUCAUCAAAUGCCGAGCCCAGAACGGGGUGAAAACAAUUCCCACAACUUGUGCCUACAACAGAGAAGGAAAUGUCGUCGCUUGUGGUUGUAAGGACGGAUCAAUACAAAUGUGGGACCAUAGGAAAAACUUUGUCAACCCUUCUCUGAUUCUUCGAAAAGCCCACGAAUUAGGAUCGACUAUUUCCAGUUUGAGUUUCUCCUAUCUUGGACAGCUCUUAGCUACAAGAGGCUGCGAUCACACUCUCAAAUUAUGGGACUUGAGAUCUUUCAAAACAGCUCUUUUUGAGGCUUCGAACAUCUUUUCGAGAUAUGACACAACGGACUGUAUGUUCAGCCCUGAUGAUUCGAUGGUUAUCACUGGGGAAUCUGUAAUGAAGAAAGAUGAAAGUGGCCGAGUUUUGUUCUUUAAUGCUAAGACUUUCGAGUUGGUACACGAGAUCGAAGUUACCAAUUCUCACGUGAUUAAAACUCUUUGGCAUCCGAAACUGAACCAAAUUUUCGUGGGAUGUGGAAAUGGAAUCGUCAAGACUUUCUAUGAUUCAAAGAAAAGUAUGAGGGGAGCGAAACUAUGUGUCGUGAAGACGAGGCACAAGCAGAAACAUAUAGAAAUGAUGUCGACUCAGCAAAUUAUUACGCCACAUGCGUUGCCGCUUUUUAGACAAGACAGGCCGAAGUCUGUACGAAAACAGAUGGAGAAAGAUAGACUGGAUCCUGUCAAGUCAAGACGUCCGGAUUUGCCGAUUACUUCUGGUCAAGGAGGGAGAGUCGCUUCCUCGGGAGGAACUCUUAGUUCCUAUGUGAUUAGAAAUCUUGGCUUGAGCAAGAAAAUUGAAGAUGAUCAGGAUCCGAGGGAAGCUAUUCUUAAAUUCGCGAAAGACGCGAAGGAGAAUCCGUAUUGGAUUACUCCUGCAUAUAAAAACACACAGCCGAAAACGAUUUUUAUUGAGGAUGAAGAGACGGGUGAACCUUCUAACAAACGUCGCAAGGAUUAAUGAGUUUUUAAAGUUGACGAGAAUUGAUUUAUUAUUGUAUAUAUAGAGUUUAAGUUGUGUCGUCCAAAGGAAGAAAAAAAUAAUCUGAAAGAAAGGAUGUAGAUAUAUGUGUAAUUUUACUCUCACUGGUAAGAUGACUUUUUAAAAUAAAUUCAUUAUUCAAGACAAAA